UGUAUACAUACUUAUGUCUACGUGCUUGCUUUAUCAUUGUCAUUAUUAUACCGCAAUAUACCCACAACCUUCUCGGCCUAAUGUUACCAUUCAAUACUCCGCUAAAUGCGAGACAACUUGUUGACGAAGAAUACUUGCCGUCGACGACAACUUGGUUCAGAGAAUAACUCAUUUUUUAAGUGCGUCGUUAUUGUCGCGAGUUGUAAUAUUACACUUGUAUGCACGAUGUAUUCAAGUACUUGCGACGUGUGUUAGGAUACGUUGUACAUAAACGUCAUUCGUACAAACUGUUCGUCGGUGUAAUACUCGUGACUGAUUUUGUGCAACGAUUCUCAAGUCACGCCACGUGGUGGUUUACGGCUAUAAAUAUAAAUUUACUUUUUCUCACGUCCACAGUACGCUGCGAAAUUUAUUGUUUCACGUCGGUUGGACAGAGUAUUGUUACUAUAAUCAUACAUCUAUACGGCCACGGAGUGUGUCAAAUGUGGUGUGAAUAUUGGAGCUAUGUGAGAAUUGAUAUGUGUCUCGUAAAUUUAAAUAUUUCUUCAGGAGUUGGAAAUCGUAGCUCCUUCGAGUUGCAUUUCGACCGGUUUUCUUCGUUCAGAAAUUGAAAAUAAACAUAAGAAAUAAAUAAAUGGACGAGAGAUAUUUAGGUAUCCAGUGUUGAUUGCCGUGUGGUGAAUGUGAAUAUAACGAUGUUCUCCCGCUGGUUAGUUUACUAAUGAAUAUUUUUUAAAGGCGGAAAUGAAAUUCAUACCUGUUAGUGUCGAGUUUUUCUGUACAGAUAAAAAAGCGUUUGUCUAAAUUGUCGAUUUAAAUCUCAUAACAUGAACAAUAAAUGUUUAAUAAAUCGUAGUGGAAGUAAUUUGAAGUUUGUGCGAAAAUAUACAGCAUCGUAGUGGAUCAACCGCGAGUUGCCUACGUGGCUAGAUAGCCCCGUCAGCGGCAGAUGAAUGUCAACAAAAUGAGAAUGAUAUUUGAAAGAACGAUAAAAUGAUUAAAAUAAAAUAAGCAAAUAAAUUUAAUAAUUGGCGCGCUGCGGAGCUAUGGCUAAAAAGAGUUCUUCCCCGUGUCCUAUGAGGUGGGCCGAGGAUUCUACAGGACAAUUACUACAUGCGGCGGUACUUUACCUCGGAGUCGUUGUCGUACUGUGGUGUUUUCCUGCCAGACUGAACAAUCGCAUUCCCGAAGCUGACCAGGCGGUGGUCCUCACAUUGGUGGAUACCGCAGCCGCCGAACUUCAGAGUUUAACCGAACCAAGGAUAUCGUUGGAUAAAUUGGGAAAUAAAUCACUUGUCAGCAACCUGAGCCUCGCGCUGAGCAACUCUGCGAGAGUACCGGAACCAACGGAGCUAUCAUCACCGUCGGAACUUCUGACAUCGACGAAUUUGAAAGCAGAUAAAAGCUUGGAGACAUCGCAGAACCUGACCACGGAUCGAGAAGAGCAACCGGUAGAACACGAAAACAAACUUACGGGUCAACAGACUGUCUCCGAUGAGAACGACACUCUCGAAGUGGUGAUCGUAAGGGCGGAUCAAAGCAACGGCAAAGGCGGGGAAGAAGAGGUGAUAGUAUCUGCUGAAGAAUUACUAGGUACAGAAGACAGAAUUGAGAACACUUCGGAGCUUCCGGAAAAUGAGGCCAGGGUGAGACUGACUGAAGGCUCUGCAGAGGACGCAAGUGUUAUGCUCGAUGUUUUGGUUACCGCAACGGGGACGGAUCCUCACGAAGAUAUACCAUCGUUCAGCGAAUGGGCACAGAAGAGACUCGAGGAAGCCGAGAAGAAAAAAACGCACCCUAACGCAUCUUCCCAAAAUCCUGGAGGUCCUGGAGGACGAGGAAUAGGAAGCACUAAAGUCAGAUCCAAAAACUACGCGUCGCCGGAUUGUGGAGCAAAAAUCGUAGCAGUUAAUCCAGAGGCAGGCAGUGCAAGCAGCGUUUUGAGUUCAUCGAGGGAUGAAUACAUGCUCAACACCUGCACAUCUCGUGUAUGGUUUGUAGUUGAGCUCUGUGAAGCUAUACAGGCAGAGAAAAUUGAGCUGGCUAACUUUGAACUGUUCAGUUCUUCACCCCGAGAUUUUUCGGUGUUUGUUGGAGACCGUUUUCCGACCAGAGACUGGAGCGUGGUUGGUCAAUUUGCAGCAAAAGAUGAACGUGACAUUCAAAGUUUUGCUCUUCAUCCUCGACUCUUUGGGAAGUUCAUUAAAGUCGAGCUCCACUCCCAUUAUGGCUCGGAACACUUCUGCCCUGUUUCCCUCUUUCGAGCCUAUGGUACUAGUGAGUUUGAAGUCCUAGAAACUGAGAACCAAAUACAAGAGUCCCUCGGGGCUGAGGAUGACGAAACUGAGGAAGAAGAGGAGAUGCUGGACAUCGACACUGGAGAUUCUCCACGAAAUUUAUUUGGCAGUGCGCGGGAUGCGGUCUUAAGCAUUGUGAAGAAGGCUGCCGAAGUCCUUGUCAAAUCAGGAAAUACAGUGAACAAUAAUACCCAGAUUCGAGCUAGCAUUGAAAACACCAUACUUCAAAAUUCGCUUGUUGCAGCAUGCAUGACGCCACGAUACACCGUCCUUUGUUCCAAUUGCACAGAAACAAUGUUCGCUAAAGUCUUCCAACUAGUCAGCUGCAAUGAUCAGUAUCUUGAUUUAUUGCUGCACAUUAAUUUUAUUAACAAAACUCUCCAUCAGAGUGACAUCUGCCAUUUGCAUGGCAUCCGAAUCAAGGAAGUAAAAGAAUCUGAUGAUUUGAAGUCGACGAAAAAUGAACCAGCAGCUAGAUUCGUUACCUCCUUGUUUCCUCUUCAAUAUCCAGUUGCUCUAUGCAAUGUUCUUGCGGACAGAGAGAGCAGAGUUAUCGUGAACACCAGCUACUAUGUAACUGGCAACAAUUCUGAGGGUGCUGCGGCUCUUGAAGAUGCUUUAAUUGUGCCACCACAAGGAAUGCUCCCAAACUGUGAAAGUUCGUCUUCUUCAGUAAGUCCGCAAUCCAGCUUCUGUGUGUCGGAUACUAGUUCUCCAGCCUGCAAAACAGCUGCUACAUCUGAACAGCAGGGUCCUGGUAUUGAAUUCUCUACAUCAGUGCCAAAUGACGUUGCACCUACAACAGAAAACCUCGGUUCACUUAUUAGGCCAACUAAAACUAUUACUAAGGAUGAUGGAUUAAAGAAGGAACCAGCCUCUUCUCUCUUACUUGAACCCAGCCAAAAAGCCAUUGAAGAAUCUGUAAUUUUUGAACCUCCCAUGACUGCUUCUAUAGACCCUAAUCAUCAAGCUACUACUGCUGAUAAGAUUUCCGAGGAUCCUGGGAUUCAAGGAACAGCAUUUGCGACAGCCCCUCACAUAACAGCUGCAACUUCAGUACCAGAAACGAACACUGAGUCUGGCGAUAUUUCGGGAGACACAGAAUCUGGCGAAGCAAUACUUUCAGAAACUGAAACAGAAACUGAGGCUGAGCGCGAUCAUGAAAUGAAAAUAUCUCCACAAGAUCAACUCAGUCUGGAUACGCUAUUAUCGGACCUAAAGGACCUCGACGCUGACUCAGUUGCUCUUCAAAACAACCCGGCAGCUCCAAGUGCAACACUAUCUCAACCUAUUCCAACACCGCAACAAAAGGAAUCAGUCUUUUUAAGGUUGUCUAACAGGAUAAAGACCCUGGAGCGGAACAUGUCGCUUAGUGGUCAAUACCUCGAGGAACUUAGUAAAAGGUAUAAGAAACAAGUAGAGGAGAUGCAGCGCACAUUGGAACGUGCAAUUGCAGCGAUGAGCGAAGAGUCACACCGUGCCGAGGAGCGAGAAACCAAAAAACAAGGAGAGAUAACGGACUUGAAGGAACAAGUUUCAACUUUGACUAGAUCUCUUAACACGCUUCUGAGUGAUAGGGACAGCUGGCGGAGUAAAUUCUCUAUGAUAGGCCAACACUUAGUCCUGAUCUGUGUCGAAAUUGUUAUUGUUCUUAUGGUGUUAUCAUAUUGCCGGAGGAAUGGAGACCUCGAUGAGGACGUUGAGACAUCUACUGAAUCCCAGGUAAGAAGGCGAAAAAGUGUCGGAGGAACUAAUGAGUGCGUGACAACAAGGAAAACGAAAAAAAGACGUCCAAGCGAGAUCGCAUCCCACGUAUCCGGCACGUAUCAUGAGCUUAUGAUCGAAGAUUCUGCUGUGUCAAACGACGUCAGGAGGAAGGAAAAAAGGCGGAAAAGAAAACGGGACUCUAUCAGCAAAGGUUCAGUUGUAACCGUAUCAAAUUUUCCAAUGAUCAAACCCAUCCGCAAGGAAAACCUCAACACUAUACCUGGUGGUACCAAUCUUCCUUCGAGACGCGCUUCAUCUUCAGAUACGACGAAAUUACCCGGAAAAGAGAAUUUUGAGACUGAUGAUGUUCAGCAGCGGCCGGAUUCUGCGCCAGAAACCAGUUUGGGUUGGUUCAGCGAACAAACACAGCCUGAAAAGACUUCCGGAUCUUUAGCUACCGGUUGCACGGUUUCUGUUACAUCCACGGAAACGCCGAGAAGCGCUCAGCGUGUUCAUGAUCCGCACAACCACGGAAUCGAAGAUAUUAUAGAAUCCAGGUCUCGGUUUGAAAUCAUCAAGCGAAAAAGCAACAGCCAAAAGGAUCCUGAGCAAAAGAUACUACUACCAGGAAAGCCUGAAGGUAUUCUAAAGAAUCGGCGAAUUCCUGCACCUGCCUUCAUGAAGACUGCACUAGAGUCGAGAAGCAAAAGGUUGUCUAAUAAAAAAAACUUGUUAAUGGAACCCACAUCGCAACUUAAAUCAGAUAAUUGGGAAUGGUACUCAAAGAAUUCCGGCAGCAGAUCUAGUCAAGAGGAUAGAGAAUCGUCGAUACUAUCGGCGACGGUCCAAGAUGGGGAUGAAAGGAUGAAUGGGUUCUCGGUGAACAAUGGAAAAUACGAAGACAGCGAUGACUUGGGAAGCAUAUGCAGGACGGCCAGUUCUGGUUCAAUAAAGGAGAAAAAAACAUACGGCAUUAAGAAAAUGGUAAAAAAACUUUUCUGAUUAAACUGAAUCGCGUCGCAAGACGUACUAUGAGGCUAUGCUAGUCUCAUGUAGCAAUCGAAAAGAAGAAAAAUUUUGAAGUAACUGUUUGAUGUGGCUAACUUAGACUGUUUAUUAGUUUCACCUUCUAACUAAACUGCCAGUGAAACUUGAAUAUGAGUCUGUGGCCAAUUGAGGAUUACUUUCGAAAAUUAGCUGUGAAUAGCUUUAUUAGACGUUGAUUGAAGUACAUACAUAGGUCAUUUAGGUAGGUAGGUUAUACAAUUGAUUAUUAUCGUUAUACUUUUUGUGUGAGGCUUUAAAAGCUUAAAGAAAAGACAAAUGAUCGAUUUGAUCAUAAGAAGAUAUUACGAAUUUCACCAAUUGAAAAUUCAACGUUGUUGAUUAAACGUUCAAAUUGUUUAUCCACUUCGUUAUCUUUUAGUCGUAAUUAAAACUUAACCAAGAAGUUUAUUUUCUCCUGCUGGAGUGUAUCAUUCUUUCCGUUAUCGUAUAAACUACAUGAUUGUUGUGUAUAACUACAUGCACUGGUACACUCUUGCAUAUAUAAUACAUACCUCUAGUACCUAUAAAGAGAUCAAAGUCUUGACUAGUUGACGAAAAUCAAAGGAGACAAUGUUAAAAUAUUUAUUGCUGGUAAUUUACAAAUAUAUGUCCUUAUAUUGUAGUAAAAUAAUGCACGCUGUGAUAUUGUAAGCUCUAUUAAGUGCACAAGGAGAGAUUCGAAGAAACAGAACGAAAAUUACUUUGGUAAAUUGUACAAAGUAGAAAUUGACAAUUUAACGAGGUUGGUUCCCCAAAGCAACAUAGUUGGUAAUUGAAAGGAGUCAUAUUAGGAUGUUGAUUGGUAUAGUCGUUUGUCGUUAUUCUAUAAGGUUUCGAAAACUUUGCUACUUGGUUUUUUAGAAGAUUGACCUUGAGCAUAAUAUAUUAUGCUAUAUAAGGUGGCAAAAUAGGUCUUUCUACGCUGAGCAUAAAUUUGCAAUAUGAAUCAUAAGUGAACACAUACGCAUGACAAAGAUGAAUAUUGCAAAUACGCAUGGUGAAAGAAGACUUUCCCGCUGUGGUAUUUACGAUGCUUUACUUAACAAAAGUGUGGAUCACACUUUUUUUUACAGCGAAGUACAAAAAAAUAGCACUUUUCGGUAUUACGACGUAAAAGUGCACUUCUUUGUACUCCGAUGUUCUUUCUUUUGUACUGUCGCAGAAACGAUUACUUUAUGUACAAAACGCAGGUAAAAAAAAACGCGUAAACCAUACUAGUGUUACAUAGAAAUAUAAACAACACGGUGAGCUUAUAGUUACUGUGCGGGAUAUUGCGGCUCUCAGGGCUUGAAAUCAAUCCCUAUUCUUCUACAUGGUUGCAGGGGCAAUCAACCCCCAUAAUCUCUAAUCAUACACCUCCUAGUACUUAAUUGUUGCAUUUAAAGACGAUUAUGAUUGAGCAACGUUUCUGACCAAGUCAGAUGUAUUUAUUAUUUGUACACACAUACAUAAUAAUGAAUUGAAUUAUAUGGUUUCAAUAGUGUACAACUUGGUCACUCGUAUUUAUUAUAGGAAAUUGGGGUAGAAUUUCAGAGAUAUUAGUUGUGUAUUUAAAAAUGAGGUUUGGUCAGUUUAAUAGAAUGCGUCAUUCUAAAUCCCCAUUAACUUCCAAUAAAGGAUUUAUUAAGUGGACCUGGCUCUACCUAUCAUUCAGUUUUUAAUAUAUUAAUGAGGCGCUCAAUUUUCUGAAGUUACAGCUAAGAAACAUUGAUAUUAGCAGUGCAUUGACAAUACUGACGGAAUAGAUGAUUCAUAUUUGUUUACCUCCUUACCAUCUUCAACCAACAGACAAGUAUCACGUGUAGUAAUGAACUAGUCUUAGGGGAAAAUUAUUAACGUUCAAUUAGUAAAUAGUUAGAGAAAUAUAAAUUAUGUAAAUAAUGCGCUGUUAAAUUGUCACGCAAUUCCAAAACAUUUUCAUCAUUAGAUAACAUUAUUAAUAUUAUAUUUAUUCCUUUUAAUUUGAUGUACUACUACAUUAUAUCAGACACAUAACAUAUACAUCAUACACGAAUACACAGAAUUAUAGAAACCCAUGUUUUAUUGUAUGAUAUUGCAUCACACUACGUUGGUAUAUACGUUUAUAUUUACUGUCAAUCUUAGAUUAUUAUUAAUUGCGGCAAGUUAUAAAUUUGAAGCGAACACUCCAAGAUAUAAAAUGUAUACAAAUGAAAUUGAAUUUAUGUGAAUUUUCAGUGAACGGCACAGCAAAGUUUAGUUCAUUCUGUUUUUACUUUACCUUUUAUAAUGAUCGACUGCUUUCAUUUGUGUUGAAAAGAACAUUCUUACAAGACUCCUGAUAACAUUGUCUAGUACAUACAUUUUAAGUUGGAGAAUAUGCGCCUGUGUAAAGAUAGAGAAAUAAAUUGCCAAAAAUCAGUGUGGAAGUAUUCAAAAUAGAAAAAUUGAUUACACUGUUUUACCGGUACCUUACAUACAUGUACGUAAUACGAUCUGUUCGUUUCAUGUUAACGAUACACGGUACGUGAAAACUUUUCAAAUGAGCACGUGAAAUGAAAAGGCAAAAAUUCAAUACAAGGCUGUGAUCAAUGAUUCCCCAUUUAAUUGAUGCAGAUCGGGUGACGUAGUUUCUAUUUUUUGGAAAAAUUGUGGAAUAAUAGUACACAAGAUGUAAGUGGAAGAAUGUGACGAAUAUGAUUUGCUUGGUCAUUAUAGCACAUGAUACAUGAAUUCAAUUUGCACGAGGAAACACUUGAUCAAAGAGGUAAUUCAAAAAAUAUAACAUCAAAAUAUACUCAA